AUGGACGACAACGCAGGGAAAAUCCAGGACACGCUCGUAAAUGAGCGCCUGGAGCAAUACGAUCAUAAAAAGAAGGAGACCGUGGUCAAGUGCCUCCAGUCUUGUGUCUCUUGGUUCCCGCCUGGGGGGAGGGCGUCUCUGAUCAGAGACAUUCUGAAAGCGGAUUCGGACGAAUUCCUCUAUGACGUUUACGACACUCUGAUGACGGGUCUUCUUAUCCCGAUGAAGGAGACAUGUAGACAGGCGUCUGUCUUUGCUUCUCCCCAUUCCAAGCGAGAAGCAAAUGUGGAUUUGGUUGCAUCAACGAUCGCUGAACCGCAAUACCGGAGUACGACAUUCCGUGACACUUUGUUAAAGAGGGACGAUUAUCGUUGCGUUGUAUCUGGGCAUGUAGACCCCGACUAUUACGAGCAGAUGGGACUGCCGGAGGAUGUUCUUAAUUCCGAUCUCGAAGGGGCUCAUAUCAUCCCAUUCUCGUAUGCAUCCUGGAGAGGGGAGGGUGUACCAGACGACGCUCCCAAAGUUUGGGAGGUGUUAUUUCGUUGCUUUCCGGAGGUGAGAGGGUCUACUCUCGAAGUCGAUACAAUCAACUCGCCAGAGAAUGGUCUCACCCUGACGGUGAAUCUUCAUCGUGCGUUCGGGAGAUUUAAGAUCGCCUUCAAGGCAACGGGUAUCAAGGACCAGUAUGAGAUCAAGUCAUACAAACGUCUGAACUCUGUCGAACUUUCGAUGAUACCAAAAAAUCGGUUAGUCACUUUCAGACAAGCGGAAGGCCACAAGGACAUACCGUUGCCAAACCCAAUACUUUUGGAUUGCCACUAUCGCAUCGCCGAGAUUCUUGAUGCUAGCGGCCUUAGAGAAGUGAUUGAGAGAAGUCUCGAUUACUGGGACCAAAUACGACGGGAUCCGCAAGCAGGGCAACUGAGAGAAGAUGGAUCAACCCACCUAACCAACUACUUGGAAGCCGCCUUCUGGUGGGACGUGGGCACAUAG